UUCCGGCCUGCGGCAGGAAAAGCAACACGUAUCAGUAUAAAGAUCGGGUUGAAAAGUAUUAUACCAAACAUGCAGCUCUAAUCGAGUACAAUGUUGACCACCGAAUUUGUGCAGCUAGCGCUGCUGUGCGGUUCCGGUUCUGUAUUUUUCCUCUUCGUUGUGCUAGGAAUCGUGCUGAAGAUAACGACCACACCGUUUCCCAAGAUUGUGCGUCAUAAAGAUGAAAUGUUCUACAGUGACCCGGUGACGGGCGAGCAAGGGUCGUUCCCCUCACUGAACGACGAACCGACGCUCCUGCUGAGCGUCAUCGUACCGGCAUUUGACGAGGAGAAAAGAUUACCCGUUAUGCUGGAUGAGUGUCUCGAGUAUCUGGAAACGCGAUCCAAAGUGGAGAAAGACUUUACCUACGAAGUGAUCGUAGUGAGCGAUGGAAGCCGCGAUCGAACGGUAAAGGUGGCGCUUGACUACGCCCGGAAAGUUGGCACUGACAAGCUGCGUGUGUUGGCUUUGAUCGAGAACCGUGGCAAGGGCGGCGCGGUUCGGUUAGGGAUGUUAAGCAGCCGCGGAAAGUUUCUGCUGUUUGCAGAUGCGGACGGUGCCACAAAGUUUCAGGAUUACGCGAAACUGCAGCAAGCGAUUACCACAGUGAGUGCCGGCGAUUGGCACCGGGAUGCAUUGGCGAUCGGAUCGCGGGCCCACCUCGAGCAGGAAGCAACGGCAAAACGAACCUUUUUCCGGACGUUCCUGAUGCACGGCUUCCAUCUGCUGGUGUGGACGUUUGCUGUGAAACGAGUGCGCGAUACGCAGUGUGGAUUUAAGCUGCUGACCCGAGCGGCUGCCAGGAAAUUGUUUUCCGUGAUGCACGUCGAACGGUGGGCAUUCGAUGUGGAGCUACUGUUCAUCGCACAAUCCUACCGAAUGCCGAUCGAAGAGGUUGCCGUCAACUGGACCGAAAUCGAGGGCUCGAAGCUGACACCGUUCUGGUCGUGGCUGCAGAUGGGCCGCGAUUUGAUACUGAUCUGGUUCCGGUACGCCAUUGGCGCCUGGCAGCUGGAAAAGAGCCAUUCCAACUGAUCCGCUAACCCGGUUCCCGUAGCGUUUAAGGAGCUUUACGUUUCGGCCACAAACUAAAGGUAGACCUAUCUCAUAUAGAUUUGUUAGAAGGCAAAUAAAUCGUAAGCGAC